AUAGAAAUUAUUAUUUUUAGAGGAUUGAUUAUUUCGUUAAUCUGUGCCACUUUCUUUUUUACAGUGUGUUUUUCUGCACAUUCCUAGCUACGCGUGAAAUCUACGAAGAUAAAAUAAAUACAUGAGUAAAUAAACAGUGCACAUACUAUGAUGUGAUGGCCAAUGAUAAUCCUACCGAAGGGGAAGGGGGAUGAAACGGAAGGAAGGGCGAAGAUGCCCCAUGUGAUCUACAUUUCAUGCCCAGAAUAUCCACCAAACAUUACUAGAAUAAUAAAAUAAAAGAAAAUUAGAUGGGCGGAACAUCUCAUAAUAUAACACUCAUGGGAACGAUGAGAUACGAAUACAAAUUUUAGUUCGAAAUCCUGAAGAGAAGAAACUACGUGGAAGACACAAUAAUCAUGGCCUUUAGAAGGAUACACUUGCUUCCCUUAAUUGUGUUCGUAGCAGUGCCCGUUUCAUUCUUCGCCUCGUAUGCUAUAGCAGUCCAUAACAACCAUGUUGAACCUGGAUUCCCUUAUAUAAGCGAAACGGGGAGUUUCUCGCCCGAGAGUUGCAUAUUUGGACAAGUUAUUAACUUUGCAGCUUUCCUAACUGUUGUCUGUGUAUAUAUAAAAUACCUGGAAAUAAAGAACUGUAUACAAACUCUUACGCCGGGGGACGGAGUAAGCCACAGAUUCAAUAAAGUGACUCUGGCCUUCGGCCUUGCUUCCUGUGCCGGCCUUGAUAUAGUGGCCAACUUCCAGGAAUCUAACGUUAUUGUUGUCCACAUGCUGGGAGCCUUUAUAUGCUUUGCAGCUGGAACUAUAUAUUUUAUCUUACAGGUGUGGAUUUCAUACAAAAUUCCAGGCCUUGCAUCAAAAUGGAUGUUGAGAAUAAGAGCUUUUCUGGUUGGAAUUUGUAUGCUGACUACGAUUUCAACAAUAAUUCCAGGAAUCGUUGCUUUCUACGAAUAUCGAGGUUCGAUACGGCAAAAGUGGAAACCUGAAGAUGGCGGCUGGGAAUUACAUCUGACGAGCGCAAUAUCCGAGUGGAUUCUCUGCAUCACGUACUGCUUUCUCAUAUGUUCUUUCGUGCCUGAUUUCUAUAACCUAGAAAUUGAGGCUCCUAUUGUAAAAUUAAAAAAGAAUGAAAAUUCGUAUAAAGACGUAAUAUAAUGUUGAGAAGUACGGGAGUGUAUUUAAGGUAAAAAGUAAAAUAAUUUCUUCUUCUAAUGCAGGGAUUCCACAACGUUCAGAACGCCUUAUUAUUGGUUCUGGAUAAUGUGGCGUGUGAGAUUUUUGUAAUGGGGGGUGGGGCAUAUGAUUGUAGUUAAUGAUUAAUGAAUUCACAGUAAAAUCCUACAAUUUUAUUUGUUUUCAAGCAUACAUAUAUUGUUUUAAUAAAUGUAAACUGCACAUAUGUACCAACGAGGAAGUGGGUGUACUGAACCGAGGGCUUAGUUCACAGAGACCCAGCAUUCCCAGUCUGUUGGUUGCACGUGUAUAUAUGGACAGAAGGUUACUUCAUUCAAGCAUUAAGGCUUAUUAAUUUUGUGGCAUAAAAUUGGAUACAUUGUGACUCCGUUACCUUGAAGUGUGGCAAAUGAAUUGUUGAA